GCAGCCGACCACCAGAAGUACUCGCAUCGAGCAAAGGAGACUGGCCGAGACCGCAGGCCGCGUCACGACGACCGAGCCAGAUUUCCAACGCCAUUGCAAUGCUGUCCAGCGUCCCACACAUCGCCGCGGCAGGUCCAUUCACGGCGUAUUCAGAUGCAGCGCAACAUUCAACACAGAGCAGGACUGGAUCGAGCGUCCGGGGGCGAAUGAAGUCGAGCUCAAACUCCAGCUCAAGCUCAAGCUCAGUCCUGUCGAGACCAAAGCGACCCGCGGAUGAGAGCGCGCAUCCGAUGCAAGUACCAAAGCGUACAGUCAUGUCUCAGGAGCGCAGCGGCGGGCGGCGCGACGAGGACGACCGGGUGCUCAGCGCCAAUGGACUGGCAGCAGUGUCCGUGUCGAUCGUCUUCUCGAACGAGACUGCGCCUGAAUCCAUGCAGAGUAGUGGCAUGCCAAGACAGCAGGCAUUGUCGCACAUCCAAGGAAGGCUCGAGUCGGGCGGGCGGCUGCUGUUUGGCGAGCGUGGAUUGCAAUUGCUGCUUGAAACGCCGAGUUUCUCGGCCAUUCGCGCAGACGUGUGCGCUCAGCUGCAGCGGUACGCACACGGUCAAGCAGUAGGAUGGCUCCGCCGGCGGGAAGCUCCGUCCACCUUUGACAGCGAGCGAUUGUCCCGCAUCCGCGAUGAGGAAGACAACUUUCAGCUGUGGGAGUUUCCUUACGCGUGUCUCCGUCGCGUCAGAGUGCCGACAAACAGCAAGUUUAUUCAAAUCAACCUGAACUCGAACAUCUGGAGAGACAUGCAGCGUACUCCCGACAGCGCAGCGCUCCCAUUACUUCCAAAUUGGCUGAUUGUGGAGCUGCCCGUCGCAACGAGCGAGUUGAACGCUUCCGAGCUGAAAGACACGCUCUUAGACAAGCUUGUGGCCUCGAGGACUAGCGUUCAAGCACACGCGCUGCUGGAAGUUGAAUGCGGCAGCGUCGAGCUUUCGAUUCCUAGAAACUUUCAAACAUCGUUGUCUGGCAUCCCGCCAGCCCGCACCGUCGGCCAACGCCAGGUGGACUCUACUUCAACAAACACACCUAGUCUGCUCAGCAUUGUCCCCAAAACGCCUCCAUCGAGGGUGGUUGCUUCCCUCGACAUGUUCAACACACCCUCGCCGACUUCCAGCAGCAACUCAUUGCUGCAUUCUAGUAGCCAUGUUUCCGGGGCCGCCACGUCGUCGCGAGCUGCCCACCGCACCGAGUCGGCAUUUGCGAAGUCCUUUUACGAAUCGGCAGGAACGCUGCGAAGUGGUCGGUCUCGGAGCUCGAGUCUUCCAAGUCGGCCUGGCCGGCGUUUCUCCGAAGUGGUAGACUUGAGUGAUAUCUCGCCUAGUAAGGAUGGCUCUGAGGACGCCGUCGAAAUCGUGACGCCAGCCAGCGCCAGGGACUUGACGUUUGAGUUUGAGUCGCAGCUUUCCAGGCCAUUUCUCUACGCACCGGCCCCAAAAGUUAACCUGCUCAUCACCAACGCCGACUUGGCACGAUUGAAGUCUGGCGAGUUUCUGAACGAUGUCAUUCUGCAGUUUUACUUGUGGUACAUCGAGUAUUCUCUCCUAUCCGAGGCGCAGCGCGCACGAUGGCACGUCUUUAGCUCGUACUUUUACUUGAAGCUGACGACACAGCGAACCGAUAAAUCGCCCGCGCGACUCUCCGCCGACGAGAAGGCCAAACUCCAGUACGAGAAUGUAAAGUCGUGGACUCGAGACGUGGACAUCUUUUCCAAAGACUUUGUGGCCGUGCCCGUGAAUGAAAAUGCACAUUGGUACUUGAUUGUAAUAUGCUUUGCCGGGCAGUAUGCACAAGCACAAAGCGUGGAGAAUCCGUCGGAGGAGGUCGUCGCUUCGGACGAUGUGUUUGAAGACACCAAGGCGGCCAAUCUCGCACCAACCACACCUCGAAUUAUCGUCAUGGAUUCGCUUGGCGCCCAGAGAGCCCAUGCCUCGCCCGUUAAAUUGAUCAAGCGUUACCUGACUCUCGAAUGGGCCAACAAGCGUCCAAACGAACCCGCAGUGUCCUUUGACAAAAUGCCGCUGGUCAAGCCUCAGAUUCCCAAGCAAAACAACUAUUGCGAUUGCGGCGUGUUUCUGCUGCACUACUUUGAGCUCUUUGCCACCAAUCCAGACCGAGGGAUGCGAUGUGACAAGGAUUGGUUUGCAGCGACAGACGUCUCGGGCAAGCGCCCGGCCAUUCGCGGCCUCAUUCUAUCGCUCGCUGAAGCCCAGCAGCACGACGAGCAAAAGCGAUCGCCGUCACCAAGGGACCACGAGGAUGAGUCUUCCACGCUAGAAGCAGCAGAUGACAACCGUCGCGUCAUGGAGGGUGGCACCGUCGACAACAACAGCGACGCGCCGUUGGAGACACCACCCUCCGACCCCUCGGCCUCGGACUCCAUCACCCUCCUCAAGCAGGACCAGGACCAGGACCAGGACCAGGACCAAGACAGUGUUUACAACGUGCUCAGCUCUGCUUCUGCAUGAACUCAUGGCAACUGACUCAUUUCAGCAUCAGCACCUUGACAACCGCGUCGCAACAAAUUCCUCCCUAUUUUUUUGUUUUUGUUUUUGUUUUGUUUUUGUUUUGUCGUGAUUUUGAUGAUGAGGCUCAUGUAAUUUUUUAAAAAUCUUGUACCAAUAAUACCA